AGCACACUGAAAGACUCUUCUCUCCUGGUGUGGACGAAGCUGUUAGGCCAUGGGGAGAAUUGGCAAAGAAACGGCAGGUCAGACCAUAAGCUUCAUAGGACUUGUUGGGGUGGCAGUGACCUGUGGGGUCCCCACAUGGAGAGUCACUUCUUACAUCGGAGCCAACAUCGUUACAGGCCAGAUUGUAUGGGAUGGCCUGUGGAUGAACUGCGUGAUGCAAAGCACUGGGCAGAUGCAGUGCAAGCUGAAUGAGUCCAUCCUGAGCCUGACGACUGAUCUGCAGGCUGCCCGAGCCCUGGUCAUCAUCUCCCUCAUCUUUGGUUUCAUCGGCUUUAUAAUCUCAUUUAUUGGAGCCAAGUGCACAAGCUGCCUGGAUAAAGACUCAUCAAUGGCAAAGGUGGUGAUCAUAAGUGGCUCUCUCAUCAUUGUCUCCGGCAUCCUGGUCUUAAUUCCUGUCUGCUGGUCUGCAGCUUACACCAUCGCAGACUUCAAGAACCCAUUGACGGUGGCAACACAGAGGAGGGAGAUUGGAGCUGCUAUCUAUAUUGGCUGGGCUUCUGCUGCAAUUCUUCUGAUUGGUGGGAUCAUCCUAACCACCUCAUGUCCUCCUCAAAAACAACCAUAUGGAUAUCCAGGGUACCAACCACCAAUGUAUGCUUUCUCAAGACCAAACCCAGCCACAUAUGGCCCUGUCUAUGCGCCACCAACCAACCGACCAUACAGUGCCACAGGGAGUUACGUUCCCAGCAAACCAUACGCAGCACCAGCCUCAUAUCCUGCUUCACAAUAUCUGUGAAACUGAGGGGAUCAAGGACAGAAACUUCGCUCUGACAGCUGCUGGACUUUUAAAUGACCAAAAUAAACAUUGUACAGAUGUUACUAUUCAGAUGUAUUGAUGUGAUGUAAAAUUUAAUUGCUGCCAACUUUGUGAUUCAUCUUUUAGAAUCUGCUUUUUUGUUUUAUGCUCGACACAUACCACUAAGAUUGUGAAGCCUUGCUUUUUAUAAGGAAGUCACUGUCAAUGUAUUUAUUUCCUUGUCUGAUGAAGCACAUUUUGUAAAUAGUGGUGAUUUUUAAUGUGCUUGUUUUCUCUAACUGCAAC